CUGUCUGGAUUAAACUUGUCUGAAUUCAGCCACCUCGCAAUGUGAGGCUGACGAGGAGACGCGUUUAUCGGCGUAGUUUGGCGCAGUUUUGCCGGUUCAGUGAGCGUGUGUGUGGGUCAAAAAGUAGUAGGUUACACCGCGGUAGCUCGUUAUGGUGGUCCUGAACUGACAGCGACUAGCCGGGCUCACUCAGCAUCGCCUCCAUAGACUUGAAUUGGACGGGGGUGGUGAUUAUAACAUGAUUUAUAUAACUCUUAUGAACGAAACUCGGUGGGGAAAAAUAACUAGGUUUAUCAUGAAUGACUGAGGACUCCUCCAUACACCUCCGACCUCCGCCCUCCCUCUCUCCCUCCUCCUCCUCCUCUUCCUCAGAGAGGAGGCAAGGAAGCGUCACGACAGUUUUUUUGAAUCUUGUGUGGCUCCGAAAGUGGUGGUUUGGAAUGGAACACGUGUGAUUGACUAGUCCCCACAAUGCGGGGCUAAACUGGAGACAAAUGAACCACGUGUAUUGUAUUGCUGAGUAUUGUUUCCACUUGGCUGGUAUUUUUUUGCUCAAGGGAGCGCAACACAUUGCCGCCUUGCUGGCACAAGCAACGCGAGGGUUACUGGUAGUAGGAUCAGAAGCCAUUGCUGUGGAGAUGAAGAGGAUGCUGCUGACUUGAGGACAGGGCCUUGGUACAAUGGACAUACUGUAGCUUUGCAGACUGUGACUCUCGUCUGCACCUCUGCAUUGGAUCCACUGGACUUCCAAAGGUUGCAUUUGCCCUCCAGGCUCUGCCAUGGACUUCUUUGAUGACCCUAACCUGUUUGUUGGAGGGCUGGAGGGGCUGGAUGAGGAUGGCUUCCCCCCAGGGCCAUCACUUGUGGAUGAGCUGAAUCUCAGUGCUGAAUUUGAGCCACUGCAAGUGGAGCCCCUUGGCCCAGGGAAGCACCAAAGCAUAAUGCCUCCCGCUUCUUCCACAUCCUCUCAACAGACCAUGCCCCCUUAUAGCCAGCAAAUGGACCACUACUCUGCAAUUAAGGCACAAGAUCCUAUGGGGCAGACCUUUCCCAGCCCUGGGGGUCCUGGUGGUGGGGGUGGUGGCAUGAUGGCACAGCAACAUGGCCAGUACCACAGUGCCUCCAUGAGCCAAGUACCUCAGACCAAUGGGCUGUUCUGUAACAGUAGCAGUCCAAUGUGGGGCAACCAAGACCAGAAUGGGAAUAUUUACCACCCCUUGUCUCAGCAGCAACAACAGCCGCGUCAUCAGCAGCAGCAACUGCACAACCAGCAGCUUCAUCUCAGACAGCAACAAACACAACAACAGCAGCACCACCACCCCUGUCAUCAACAACAGCAGCAAAGAAUGCAGCAGCAGCAGCUGCAGCAGCAACAACAAAGUCAUCACCAACAGCUGUUAAAUCAGCAUCAGCAUCAACAAAUGAACCAUCAAACUCUGCCCCUGCAGCAACAGCAGCAUCACAAUUUCUCCUUUCACCAGGGAAGCCAUUCUCAGAGCCAAGAGCAAGUUCACCAUACUCAGCAGCAGGUUCAGCACCAGCUCACUAUAGCAGGACCAAGGUUCCAUUCAAGAGCUCUGCCAAGUAAGUCUUACUUGGAGAACCAAAAUGCCUCUAUGGGUGGGACUUGUUUACAGCAGCAGCAGAGUGGCUACCAGCUGACCAGGGGAGGUCAAGCCUUCCCUGGAUCAAGACCAGAAGACCCUAGCAUGUCCUUCCCCAUGCCGUUGUCAUCCAUGGUUCACUCUCUCUCCUCAUGCUCGGUCAGCUCUGCCACCGCUUACCAGCCCUCUCAGUACCCUGCCUACCCUGGAGAGCAGGAUAUACCCAGUCUCAGUCAACAAUCCUUGUCCUCAGCCUCGGUGUCAAGGCCCACCACCACUGCACCCCUCACUUCUGCAGUGCCUGAUAUCUCAGGGGCAGCAUGUCAGUUUCCAUCCACAGUGAUGAUGGACCAGCAGCAGCCUCAGACCCCUGUGAGCCAGGGAGAGGAGUGCCCUUUCCGGGCCCUGAGCUGUUCUGGACAAACGCAGGGGAACUUCAGCUCAUCUGAGAUGUUUGGUCAAGCUAUGAGCUGCUACCCAAGCAUGAAUAGCCAACUGCCCUCUGAGCAGCCCCAGAGCUGCGGGGCCUCUGGAGUUUCAGCCACCAACACUAAUGGAUACCAAGCACUAGGGGAGAGUCUCCUGCCGUCAGAGGCUGAAGGUGGGGAUUUGGAGGGCCUGGAGGCUCCUGACCUUUUGCCUGAUCUGCUGCCCCAGCUGGAGGCUGCUCUCAGCCAGCAGGAUGAAUCCAACUGCUCCUGGGCCAGUGGCGGCCAGGAGAAAGGAGAAGGAGACAGGAAAUCAACACCUGUGGAAUACAAGGAAGAGAAGCCCCGAAAGAACCCUAAUGGUCCCGGAGGCCAGGUGAGGGUCCUCAGUCCCCCGAUGAAGAGCAGCUCGUCGUCCUCCUCCUCUUCCUCAUCGUCUUCGUCCUCAUCCAGCUCCUCAUCGGAGAAGAGGACCCAGCGGAGGCCGCAUCAUCAGAUGGAGUCAGCUGUGGAGGACAAGCAGGAGAAGGCCAACAGGAUAAUUUCGGAGGCCAUCGCCAAGGCCCGCCAGCGGGGGGAGAAGAACAUCCCAAGGGUCAUGAGCCCUGACAGCUUCCCCAGCUCGUCACAGCACAAGCCGCACCGUGACCGCGAGCACAAAGAGAACAGCAAGGCACGGCCCAAAGAGAGGGGCUCCAAGAAGGCUCGUAUUGUGGCUUCCUCCAAGCCGAAGCAGAAAGCCAAGAUUGGGAAAAUUGUCAUCAAGAUUGGGAAGAAGAAGAAGAGAAAGCCAGAAUCUUCAGAUGAGGAGUCAGACGACGACCCUCCCCCUCGGCGCUCCUCUAAAGAUGAUGACUCUAAGAGACGAUCUAACCGUCAGGUGAAGAGGAAGAAGUACGCUGAGGAGCUGGAGGCCAGGCUAUCAGACGAGGAGGUCAAGGUUAUUGUCAAAGCCAAGAAGACCAACACUGCAGCACGCAAGGAGCCUGCAGUUCAGCUCUUUGUAGAGAAUCCCAGUGAGGAGGAUGCUGCUGUUGUUGACAAAGUUAUGUCCUCUCGCAUCGUUAAGAAGGAGGUCUCUCCAGGAGUUGUGGUCGAGGUGGAGGAGUUCUUUGUAAAAUACAAAAACUACUCCUACCUGCACUGUGAGUGGGCCACAGAGCAGCAGCUGGAGAAAGACAAGAGGAUUCAGCAGAAGAUCAAACGCUUCAAGAUGAAACAAGCACAGAGGGCUCUCUUCUUCGCAGAUAUGGAAGAGGAGCCCUUUAACCCCGACUAUGUUGAGGUAGACAGAGUGUUGGAAGUGUCCUAUUGUGAAGACAAGGACACAGGAGAGGAGGUGGUGUACUACCUGGUGAAGUGGUGCUCCCUGCCCUAUGAAGACAGCACCUGGGAGCUGAAAGGGGAUGUGGAUCAGAGCAAGAUCGAGGAGUUUGAGCAGCUGCAGGCAGCCAAGCCAGACUCGCGCAGGAUGGAGCGGCCCCCAGCCAGCCUGUGGAAGAAGAGGGAGCAGUCAAGGGAGUACAGGAAUGGCAACAGCCUCAGGGACUACCAGCUAGAGGGAGUCAACUGGCUCCUCUUCAACUGGUACAACAGACGGAACUGCAUCCUCGCGGACGAGAUGGGCCUUGGGAAGACCAUCCAGUCCAUCACCUUCCUAGAGGAAAUCCAUCGUGUGGGCAUCAAGGGGCCUUUCCUCAUCAUUGCCCCACUUUCCACCAUUGCCAACUGGGAGCGCGAGUUCCGCACCUGGACCCAUCUCAAUGUCAUCGUCUACCAUGGCAGCAUGGUUAGCCGGCAGAUGCUGCAGCAGUAUGAGAUGUAUUUCAGGGAUGCACAGGGCCGUGUAGUGCGAGGUGCUUACAGAUUCCAGGCUGUCAUCACCACAUUUGAGAUGAUCCUGGGAGGCUGUCCUGAGCUCAAUGCUAUUGAGUGGCGCUGCGUAAUCAUCGAUGAAGCCCAUCGCCUCAAGAACAAGAACUGCAAGCUGCUAGAGGGCUUCAAGCUCAUGAGCCUGGAACACAAGGUCCUGCUGACAGGCACUCCUCUCCAGAACACAGUGGAGGAGCUGUUCAGCCUGCUCCACUUCCUGGAGCCAGCACGCUUCCCCUCAGAGAACACCUUCAUGCAGGAGUUUGGAGACCUCAAGACUGAGGAGCAGGUCCAGAAGCUCCAAGGCAUCUUGAAACCCAUGAUGCUGCGUCGGUUAAAGGAAGACGUGGAGAAGAAGCUGGCUCCUAAAGAGGAGACCAUUAUUGAAGUGGAGCUGACCAACAUUCAGAAGAAAUACUACCGCGCCAUCUUAGAGAAGAACUUCUCCUUCCUAGCUAAAGGAGCUGGCCAGGCCAAUGUGCCCAACCUGGUCAACACCAUGAUGGAGCUGAGAAAGUGCUGCAACCACCCCUACCUCAUCAAAGGAGCAGAAGAGAAGAUCCUUGAGGACUUCCGGGAAGUGUACAGCCCCACUGCCAUGGACUUCCACCUACAGGCCAUGGUGCAGUCUGCUGGGAAACUGGUCCUCAUUGACAAACUGCUUCCGAAGAUGAAGGCCGGGGGGCACAAGGUGCUCAUCUUCUCUCAGAUGGUGCGAUGUCUGGACAUCCUGGAGGACUACCUCAUUCAGAGAAGGUACCUGUAUGAGCGGAUAGAUGGACGCGUUCGGGGGAAUCUGCGACAGGCAGCCAUCGACCGCUUCAGCAAGCCCGACUCGGACCGCUUUGUUUUUCUUCUGUGCACAAGGGCUGGAGGCCUGGGAAUAAACCUCACAGCAGCAGACACCUGCAUCAUCUUUGACUCUGACUGGAACCCUCAGAAUGACCUACAGGCCCAGGCUCGCUGCCAUCGGAUAGGUCAGAACAAGGCGGUAAAGGUGUACCGUCUGAUCACCAGGAACUCUUAUGAGCGGGAGAUGUUUGAUCGUGCCAGCCUCAAGCUGGGCUUGGACAAGGCCGUUCUGCAGAGCAUGAGUGGCCGAGAAAACAGCCUGGGAGGAGGUGCAGGAGGAGGGGCAGUGCAGCAGCAGCUGUCUAAGAAGGAGAUCGAAGACCUGUUGCGACGAGGCGCCUACGGGGCAAUCAUGGACGAGGAGGAUGAAGGGGCCAAGUUCUGUGAAGAGGACAUCGACCAGAUCCUGCAGCGCAGGACAAAGACCAUCACCAUUGAAUCUGAGGGACGGGGAUCAACCUUUGCUAAGGCCAGUUUUGUGGCGUCUGGAAAUCGUACAGACAUCGCUCUGGAUGACCCCAACUUCUGGGACAAGUGGGCCAAAAAGGCUGAGAUUGAUGUGGACUUGGUCAAUGGCAGAAACAGCUUGGUGAUCGAUACUCCUCGUGUGAGGAAGCAGACGAGGCCGUUCAGCGCCACCAAAGAUGAGUUGGCAGAGCUUUCAGAGGGCGAGAGUGACAGUGACGACACCAAGCCCAAGCUCAGGCGAACCUACGACCGCCUAAACAGCUAUGGACGCACAGAAUGCUUCAGAGUAGAAAAGAACCUGCUUGUAUACGGGUGGGGCCGUUGGAAAGAUAUUCUCAACCACGGUCGUUUUAAGAAGCAGCUGACAGAACGGGAUGUGGAGUCCAUCUGCAGGGCCCUGCUGGCCUACUGCCUGGUCCACUACCGUGGAGAUGACAAGAUCAAAAGCUUCAUGUGGGACCUGAUCGCCCCCACUGAGGAUGGACGCACAAAGGAGCUGCAGAAUCACUUAGGCUUGUCUACCCCAGUCCCACGGGGCAGGAAGGGCAAGAAGAUGAAGACACAGUCCAGUAGUUUUGACAUCCACAAGGCAGAGUGGCUUAGGAAACACAACCCUGAGCACAUGCUACAGGAUGACGGCUACAAGAAACACCUCAAACAUCACUGCAACAAGGUGCUGCUCCGAGUCAGAAUGCUCUACUACCUGAAACAAGAGGUGAUAGGAAGCCAGUCCCAGCAGGUACUGGACGGUGUGGACUCCAGUGAGAUCAAGAUCUGGGUGCCGGAGCCAGACCAUUCGGAGCUACCAGCCCUGUGGUGGGAUGCCAUCUCUGACAAGUGUCUGCUGUUGGGCGUCUACAAGCACGGCUAUGAGAAGUACAACACUAUCCGUGCUGAUCCUGCCCUGUGCUUCCUAGAGCGUGUGGGACGGCCAGAUGAGAAGGCUAUCGCUGCAGAACAGAGAGCCAAUGAUUUCAUGGAUGGGGAUGUGGACGACCCAGAAUACAAGCCUGCCCCAGCCUUGCUGAAGGACGAUAUGGAGGAUGAUGCCUCUUCUCCCGGCGACUUGGUUGUCACUGACAGCGCUGGAGAUGCGCCUCCGGUGAUGGAGGGUGACACUGCCUACUGGCCAUCUUCCUCUGUACUGACAGCCAGGCUGAGGCGUCUGAUCACAGCCUCCCAACGCUACACCAAGAGCCGGCAGAUCCUGCACAUCCACCAGGCCCAAGCCCAGACUCAGUCCCAGCAGACCAUGAUGCUUGCCACUCCACUCUGCUCACUGCCCACCACCCUCAAUGACACACUCAACCCCAAGAUGGCUGCCAAGAUUGAACGUCAGCAGAGGUGGACCAGACGAGAAGAGGCUGACUUUUACCGGGUGGUCUCUACGUUUGGUGUGGUUUUUGACCCAACCCUUGGCCGUUUCGACUGGACCAAGUUCAGGGCUAUGGCUCGGCUGCACAAAAAGACCGACGAGAGCCUGCAAAAGUAUCUGUGGGCUUUCACUGCCAUGUGCCGAAGGGUGUGUCGCUUGCCACCCAAAGACGGAGACUCUGCGGUGGACCCGUCUCUCUCCAUCCAGCCCAUCACAGAGGAACGAGCGUCUCGCACUCUGUACAGAGUGGAGCUGCUUCGCCAGGUGAGGGAGCAGGUGCUUCGCCACCCAUUGCUCUACGAGCGCCUGUCAUUGUGCCAGAUGGGCUCUGACCUGCCCGUCUGGUGGGAACCUGGUACCCAUGACCGUGACCUGCUCAUUGGUGCUGCCAAGCACGGUGUGAGCCGCACAGACUACCACAUCCUCAGAGACCCUGAGCUUGGGUUCAUGGCUGCCCAGCGCAACUACAGCCAAACAAAAACUGCACAGCAACAGUCCCGCACACCCACGCCGCUCAUUCACCCUCAGUUCCAGGCCAGCAGCUCAGCAAUGACAGACUCUCCACUGCCAACACCAGCCCAGAGGGACACAGAGCCCUCUGGGAUCAUACCCAAGGAGGAGCCGGCCUCAGAGGAGGAGGAGAACAGGGAGAAGCAGGGGGAGAGUUGGAGCCCUCCUCCAGUGUCAGCUACUCCUGUGGAGCUAGAGGAGAAGCCAGUUCCUGAGAAGGCAGAGAACGAAAGGCGGAUGGUGGCAGCGCGAACCAAGCCCCUUACACCCAACUCCUCAGAGAGGAAGCCCAAGAAGGCCAGUAAGAGGGGCCGCAGGGAGGCCAGGCGUGGCUCAGAGUCAGAGUCAGAUGGCUCUUCCUCGAGCUCUUCAUCACGCUCCUCUUCGUCAUCGUCAUCAUCAUCGUCUUCCUCUUCACACUCUGGGUCCAGCUCUUCCUCCUCUUCCUCUUCUUGCUCCUCUGGUUCUUCGUCAUCAUCUUCAUCCUCAUCUUCCUCUUCUGAAGAUAGUGAGAGUGAGGGAGAGGAAGGGCAGAAGAAAGUGCCUGCAGCGGCAAGUGUGAAGGGCUUCGAUGAAGACAGCGUGGCAUCUCUAAGCACUACGCAAGAUGAAACACAGGACAGGCACAUGGCUGAGAACGGUGUCACCAAUUCCUCACAUCCUUUCCAGGGAGGUUACAUGCUGGCUGCAUCCUAUUGGCCAAAGGACCGCGUGAUGAUUAACCGUCUGGAUAGCAUCUGUCAGGCAGUGUUGAAGGGGAAGUGGCCAGGAACACGGCGCGUCUACGAAACUGGAGGGGCGGUAGCCUCCUUCUAUACCACCAAGCUGCUGGACAAUGCCAACAGCCUGUGCGAGGACCCCUCUGCCUCGCCGCAGGGGUCAAAGGUGAAGAAGCAUGUUGCAGAAAACAAGGAGUUCUCAGUCAAACUCAAUGAUCAGGAGGGAGGUUUGAAGUUGACCUUCCAGAAGCAGGGUCUACCUCUGAAACGGCCCCUAGAGUCGGAGGAGGGGCCCCAGGCCCAGCAGCAGUACUUGGCUCGGCUUCAGGAGCUGCAGAGUGCCUCAGACACAGGCCUGGCUGACAUCACCAAGCCACAGGGCAGCCUCCAGCAGGUCCCCCCAGGUCUGACCGGUCAGAUGAGGCUGAACGGAGUGAUAGACGGCCAGCCAGUGGUGAAGAGGCGGAGGGGGAGGAGGAAGAACGUGGAAGGGAUGGACCUUCUCUUCAUGAACAGGAACAGAGUCCCAGCUGUGCCAGAGCGUGUGCCUCCAGGAUGGGGUGGCAUUGGCCAGGUGGGCAUGGCUGUGGCCCCUGAGUUGGGCUUUAGCCAGGGCCAGAGUCAGGGUCCCGUGGACACAGAGAGCAGGGUCCCUGUCAUCAACCUCAAAGAUGGUACGCGGCUUGCUGGAGACGACGCUCCAAGGAGGAAAGAUCUGGAACAGUGGCUGAAAGAGCACCCAGGCUUUGUAGCCGACACAGGGGCCUUUAUCCCUGGGGUAAAUAAGAUGCAAAUGCAGUUCCAGUUCCAGGACGGUCGGCCCAAGCAGAAGAGGCACCGCUGCCGGAACCCCAACAAAAUAGAUGUCAACAGCCUGACAGGAGAGGAAAGAGUCCAGAUCAUCAACAGGAGAAAUGCACGCAAGGUUGGUGGUGCCUUCGCCCCUCCUCUAAAGGACCUGUGCCGGUUCCUUCAGGAGAACCCCGAGUACGGGGUCCCACCUGAGUGGGCAGAUGUGGUCAAACAGUCGGGCUACCUCCCAGAGAGCAUGUUUGACCGGAUCCUGACCGGACCCAUCGUUCCUGAGGAGGUGAGCCGACGUGGACGGCGACCUAAGAACCCCCUUGCCAAGGCGGCAGCAGCGGCGGCAGCAGCGGCAGCAGCAGCACCCAAUCCAGCGGCCUCGACCCUGGGACUGAACCCCCUGCUGGCUAAUGGCCUGCUCUCUGGAAUGGACCUCACGAGCCUGCAGGCCUUCCAGCAGAACCUCCAGAGCCUCCAGUCCCUGCAGCUCACAGCUGGCCUCAUGGGGCUGCCAGCCGAUGCCAGCAACUUGGCUGCUAGCAACCUGGCCGCUAUGUUUCCUAUGAUGCUGUCAGGCAUGGCUGGGCUGCCCAACCUGCUGGGCAUGAGCAGCCUCCUCGGAAAGCCCCCUCAGGAGGGAACAGCGGUAUCUGAGGACAAGGCCAAGGGAACUGCCAGCGGAGGAGCAGGAGAACCCUCUGUGUCCAAAGCCCCAUCCCACACCUCAGACACCAAAGGAGAAAGGACAGAGGGCCUGAGCACGGAUCCUCCCUCCACCUCCAACGCCACCUCCUCUGCCACCGCCCCACUAAGUGCUUCAGCUGCCACGGCAGCCUCCAGUCACCCGCUGUCUCUUAACCCCUUGUUACUCUCCAGUAUGCUUUACCCAGGGAUGCUUCUCACUCCAGGCCUUAACCUUCCUGUGUCCACCGCACAGCCACAGAGCUCGAACAGUGACCCCACUGCUCCUCCUCUGUCUGCAGCCUCCCAGCCUUCACCACAGGAGACUGAGCAGCCAGCAGCAGAGAAGGAGGGUGAGGAGGACGAGGGUGAGGAGGAGGCGUUGGAAGAAGAGGAGGGGGAAGACGACGAAGACGAGGAGGAGUCCACAGAGCAAAAGGAGAACAGCGGUCCUGAAGGCUCGGGGAAAGCGGAGUCAUCUUCAUCAGAGUCUGGGAGCUCCUCAUCAUCGUCAGACGAUUCAGACUCCAGUGAUGAGGACUGAUCCCAUUAAUAUAUAAAUAUAUUUAUGUAUCGCAUAGAAAUGUAUACAUAUAUUCACAUAUAUAUGGAUUUUCUUGCACUUAUGUUGUGAUUUCUUUACAUGUAAAUACAAGAACUAACUAAAAUGUUGUGUAAUAAAGACUAAAAACAAACGAAAAAACAGUAAAAAAAAAAAAAAAAAAAAAAGAAUUAUGACUUACAGGAACUGAAAUUAAAUUUCAGUGUUUGUUCACAAGGUACAGUCUUGUUUUGAGAGACAUUUUGCAUGUCAAAUUUUAGUAGAUUUCUGAACUCUUUGUGAACUUGUACCACACAAUUAUGUACAAUUGCAAACAGGAAAAAAGAAAUCAAAAUGGCAUUAUUGUAAUUACCAUGUCAGGAUUUAAUUUUAUUAAAAAAGUGCAACUACAUAAACGCUCUUGUUGAGCUGUACUAUUAAUAUAUUUUGAGUGUGGGGGUUGGGGUACUGAACUUGACAAAUAUUUUGCUUUCUCUUGUAAAUAUACUUUUACAGGUUCCUUGACACUUAUGCUUUGCAGAUCAUACUUUGGAUAUGUCAGCAAUAACUCGGGCAGCUAUUGAAUGUCACUGAAGCUGUAGAUCCUCUGUCUGCCAUACUCCACCCCGCUGCACAACUCACGCAGCCUCACCUGCCUGUCACUUACCUUCAUAUCAAGUUGAUGAGUCCAUUGCUAAAUUGGUAUGCAUCCAUAAAAAUUAACUGAAGCUCCCCAUUUAGUGUGGGAACCACUCUGUAAAAGUAUUAUUUUUUCAGUGGAAGACAUAAGUUACCUACAUCCUUGAAACUGUAUCAUAAUCUGUCUUAAUUUUGUGUUGUGAUUCAGGUGUCUUUUUUUAAAUGGAUAUCUCAUUUUUGAAUGAAAUGCUUCAAUUUCACCCUCACCUUACAAAUCAAACACGCAACACACAUCUAUAGAAAUUUAUUCCAAGGCGCACUUUAGCCACCCAUAGUAGGCUUACACUCUGACUUACACAUCUGAUCAUUGUGAUUACAGUGUAUGGGUCUAAUAAACCCUCCCCCUGGACUGUGAGGACAGAAAGCAACCUUUUACUGUGUGCCAAAAACUGCCCUUUGUUGACUGUAGUCAAGUCCUGACAAACUUCAGUGCUCUCUGUGUGGUAGAAGAUGAGUUAAGGACUCUUGACAGCACACAGAGAGAAUCGCAUCCCUGGCAUAUUUGACUGCAACUUACCUCAACUGAGCUAAAGGGAUUGGCUUCACUGUGCAAAUAUGUGCGCGCAUCGGUGUGUUCAUGGGUGUCAACGUGCGUAUGUGUCCUUGUCCCUGCUGGAAUGUGCGUGUUGGAGACCGUUAUUGAGAGCUUCCAUUCACUGUGUUCUGUCUGUUUUGGUUGGCCGGACUACUCUACCCAUCUGAACUUGGCAUGUUGUCUCACUUGGCAUCUGCUGCCUAUAUACCUUUCCAGUCUGUAUUUUGUAUAUGGAGGAGGGGGCCUUGAACUGACCUACUGGCAAGCUAUGACAAGUAAAAAAAAACAAAAAAAAAAACAUGUAACUAAUGUAAAACAGCAAGGUAUUUUGUUUCUGCCCUUUGAACCCUCAGAGGAUCAUGGUGCAUUACAAAUUAAAGUGUUGCAUAAUAAUCCACCUGUCCACCAAAGUCUUACAAAGGAUAUAUGGCACAAGCACAAAAUAGUUUAUCCUACGAAUGAGAUUGUAGUAAUUGAUACCUUUGAUCAAGUAUUGAAUUGUACUCAGUACCGGAUGGGCUAACUUUAGGGCUCGACAUAGUGGCUGUGUUGCUGGGAAUUUGCAGCUUGCUCUGUAUAUUUCACCUCUGGUCUGCUGAUGAAUGGAGCUUCAGCUAGAUGUAGAAGUGCCCUUAUCCUGUACCUCGUUCUCUCUUCUGUCUGAAAAACAGAUUACUCAGAUCUCUCUCUGCAUCUUUCAUUUUCCCACGGCCGUGCUUUUUGUUCAUUAUGGCGACACGGUGUGUUCAUUUUAAGCUAUAACCAGGACAGAUGUUAUCACUGGAAUUCACUGAAGCCGAAGUACCUUUGUAAUUAUCUCUAGUAUAACAGUGCUUGCUCUAGGACUGCUGGUACACAGUGGACUGUUAGAUUCACAUUUCAUAGUUAUUGGAGACACGGGAGAGGUUUUGGACUGGGGCCAGUAGAGUGUCCCAACAGGUUCCUCCUGUGCUGGAGAAACUCAUUGAAUUUGCUCAGUUUGUUUAGUUCUUAGGUGUUGGUGUAGCAAAAUCAUUCAUCAGUGGGUCAAACCAUGAACAAGCCCAUGGUCUAAACACCAUGACUGAAGGCACGCCAGCUGAUUUCUAAUGUUGCUGUAACAUGGUUUUCUCGUAUGCCUGUUAUAUAGACCUCACAUUGGUUUUUGCUUGCAAUGCAAUGGCUUUUUUUUUAUUAUUAUUAUUAUGAUAAACAAUACCGUAUUUUUCUACGUCUGAGCAGCGAACUUAAAUAAUGCCACUGUCAGUUUGUACAUCUGCAGUUCUGCUCUAGUGCCCUUAGGCAUACGCCCAGUCAUUGCUAUUUCUGCUGUAGGUGACUUGUAUAGUAGGCUUGUGUUUUCCCCACUAGGAAGAAGUGGGUUGACCACUGUGUAUGCUGAGCCUGUUCAGGUCAAAAAUGGCUAAUGGUUGACGUUGUGAAUACAUUAAAGGGGACAAUUAUGAUUGGACAUAACAUUUGCUUUUCUUUCGCUUUUCGUUUGAUUUCUUUUGUUGGUUGUGCGAGGACUCUGAUGCACUGCAAGUGCUAGAUUGACUAGAGGCAACGUUAAAAACCUGCUUUAAACACAGUUGCAAGGAAACAAUGACCAAUAUGCAAGAAGAAUGACAAAACACCACACUACUGCUGUACAAGGUUUUCUUUGAAUUUUCAUAUAUGUAAAGUAGUCGCUGAGAUGACAAAACUAGGAUUAUUGCCUUUGUAUUUUUUUUUUCAAGCUUGAUA